AUGGUUGCUUCGACCUGUUUUAUAUCUGAUAAGUGGGAGCCGAGUGCAGAUAUCAAAGAUGGUGAUAAAUUUAAUUUCAUAAUUGUCGGCGCAGGAUCAGCUGGAUGUGUUGUGGCUAAUCGUCUAAGCGAAGUUAAGACAUGGAAAGUGUUAUUAAUAGAAGCGGGUGGUGACCCACCAAUAGAAUCUUACGUACCUCAAUAUGACCAAAGAUUAUUUGGUACUGAAUUCGACUGGCAGUACAAGACUGUUCCAACAGGAAGAACUAAUUCUGCAAAUGUCGAAGAAAGUAUAGAUUGGCCUCGCGGAAAAAUGCUCGGUGGAUCAAGUGGAAUUAAUAGCAUGAUAUAUUUUAGAGGUCUCGCUUUCGAUUUUGACAAGUGGUACGAGCUUGGAAAUAAGGAAUGGAGAGCAGAUAUUAUUUUUAAAUAUUACAAAAAAUUAGAAAGUUUCCAAGAUCAUAAGUUGUUACGAAAUCCUAAAAUAAGAGAUCUAUAUGGAUUAAAUGGACCUCAGGUUAUUAACACAUUUAAUUGGACGGACGAGAAAGUAUUCGAAAAUAUUCUCAAUUCGUACAAUCAGAUGGGCUUACAAAUUCACGAUGACUUACAGUUGGCUAAUCUUCUUGGUGCGGGAUUAUCGAGAGAUACUGCUUCUAAUGGAAGAAGAGCCAGCACAGCUACUACGUAUUUGAGUCAAAUACAACACAGAGAAAAUUUUAAGUUAAUAAAGAAUGCUUUCGUUGUAAAAAUCCUGCUAGAUAGUAACUCUAAAGCAUACGGAGUAGUAGUAAAAUACAGAGGCAAAGAAAUAAAAGUAUUCGCUUCCGAAGAAGUUAUAAUUAGUGCAGGCUCUAUAAAUUCACCACAAUUAUUAAUGUUGUCAGGAAUUGGAGAGAAAAAACAUUUGGAAUCAAAAAAUAUCGAUUGUAAAGUAGAUUUACCAGGAGUAGGUAAAAAUUUACAAGAUCACAUUAUCAUACAUGUGCCAAUAUUUGGUAGUAAGCCUCGCGCUCAAAACGAAAUUGAUAAGUAUUUAGGUGUUGCGCUUUACGCUUAUAAUCGUACCGGUUAUUUAGCACAACCCAGUGCCUCUCAUAUAAUAGCAUUUUAUUCAAGAAACAGAAAGGCUACGCAUCCAGAAUUUCAAGUGCAUUUGGAUUUAUCGGAUAAGAAUUCGUCGUAUGCAAAAAGCAUAUUUUCUAUAUUUAAAGAACCGAUAUACCAAAGUUUCAGUGAGCUGACGGAAAAAUAUGACUCCUUUGUUUUUCGUUUUAACCUUCUACGUCCAUACUCCCGUGGAAAUAUAUAUUUAAAUACAAGUAAUCCAUUCGAUCACCCAUUGAUAUAUGCAAACUAUUUGGAAGACGAAAGAGACAUUGAAGCAACCGUAGAGGGUAUCCGGAUGCUGACUGGUAUUGUUGAAACUGAUUAUUUUAAAAGUAUUGAUGCAUUUAUUGGUAGAUAUAAUUGGACAAAAUGCAAUAAAUACAAACAUAAUACUUACGACUACUGGAGAUGUAUAACUCCAGAAAUUGUGAAUACAAUUUACCACCCUGUAGGAACAUGUGCGAUGGGGCCUGAUCCAAGUUCAGCAGUCGUGGACAGUCGUCUGCGGGUACAUCAUGUCAAAGGAUUGCGGGUUAUUGACGCCAGCAUAAUGCCCUAUAUUACAAGUUGCAAUACUAACGGGCCUACGAUCAUGAUUGGGGAGCGUGGCUCCGAUUUGAUAAAAGAAGAUCAUGGAAUUGUGGAAAGAAUUGAAGAUCGCAGUCUAUAAUUCAUAUAUGUUCCUAUUUGCUACAAUCGA